GCCGGAGGAGGCGCCGGCCGCCGGGAGCCGAGCGCUGGACCCCUCGGCGGGCGGGAGCGCGGGCCGGAGUCGCCGAGGUCAAGAGGCAGCUGCCAUUGAAAGAUAGUGAGCACCUGUUUCCAAGACAGCAAGCACCAGGGGGGCCACCAGGAGCAUUAACGGAAAGCUUAAGUUACCUAAAUGGUUUGGAAGUUUCUGUUGACAUACCCUCAGGCUCAGAGGUCCUUUACCCAGCUCUGUUAGUCUACUAAUGAGAUAAUCAAAGACUGAUAAUGGUCUCCAGCUGCCAAAGAAGAUUGUGGAUGCCAAGAGAAAGGUAACCAUUUCUCAUCCCCUCGAGUGGAACUGGAUGCGUCUAGGAGCCCACACCGGCUGGCAGUAGACAUGGCUGAAUUUACAAACUACAAGGAUACCGCCUCCGGCCGCCACCUGCGGUUUAAGUUACAGAGUCUAAGCCGCCGUCUCGAUGAGUUGGAGGAAGCCACAAAAAACCUCCAGAAAGCAGAGGAUGAGCUCCUGGAUCUCCAGGACAAGGUGAUUCAGGCAGAAGGCAGCAACUCCAGCAUGCUGGCGGAGAUUGAAGUGCUGCGCCAGCGAGUGCUGAGAAUCGAAGGCAAAGAUGAGGAAAUUAAGAGAGCGGAGGACCUGUGUCAGCUGAUGAAGGAGAAGCUUGAAGAGGAAGAAAACCUCACCCGGGAGCUGAAAUCAGAGAUUGAGCGGCUUCAGAAACGAAUGGCUGAACUGGAGAAGCUGGAGGAGGCCUUUGGCAGGAGUAAGAAUGAUUGUACCCAACUCUGUCUGAGUCUGAAUGAGGAGAGAAACCUGACAAAGAAGAUCUCCUCUGAGCUGGAAAUGCUCAGGGUCAAAGUGAAAGAACUGGAAUCUUCCGAGGACCGCCUGGAUAAAACUGAGCAGAGUUUAGUGUCAGAGUUAGAAAAGCUGAAAUCAUUAACUCUGAGCUUUGUAAGUGAGAGAAAAUACUUGAAUGAAAAGGAGAAAGAAAAUGAGAAACUGAUAAAAGAGCUCACUCAGAAACUGGAGCAGAACAAAAAAAUGAACCGAGAUUAUACAAGGAAUGCUUCUAAUCUUCUGGAAAGGAAUGACCUACGGAUUGAGGACGGGAUCUCCAACACACUGCCAUGCAAAGAAUCAAGAAGGAAGGGCACUCUGGAUUAUCUAAAGCAGGUAGAGAACGAGACAAGAAACAAAUCCGAAAAUGAAAAGAACCGAAAUCAGGAAGACAAUAAAGUUAAAGACCUUAACCAAGAGAUUGAGAAACUUAAGACACAAAUCAAACAUUUUGAAUUUUUGGAAGAAGAACUUAAGAAAAUGAGGGCCAAAAAUAAUGAUCUUCAGGAUAAUUACCUAAGUGAACAAAAUAAAAACAAACUCUUAGCCAGCCAACUGGAGGAGAUAAAGCUACAAAUCAAGAAACAGAAAGACUUAGAGAAUGGGGAGGUGGCAGGGGACGAGGCCUUCCUGUCCAGCAAAGGCAGGCACGAGAGGACUAAGUUCAGAGGCCAUGGGAGUGAGGCUCCUGUGUCCAAGCACACGCCCCGGGAACUGUCUCCUCAGCAUAAGCGGGAGAGGCAUCGAAACAGGGAGUUUGUGCUCAACAGUGAAAACUAUUCUCUGGGCAACAGGCAGGUCUCCUCUCCCAGUUUCACUAAUAGGAGGGCAGCCAAAGCUUCCAACGUAGGGGCGGCUGCAGACAGUGGGACUCAGGAGACCAGGAGAGCUGAAGAUCGGUAUGCAUCAGGCUCUUCUCAGGGUGAAGGGAGGAGGCCCCGGGAGCAGCCUUCAGUGCUCAGCCGCUACCCACCAGCUGCUCAGGAGCACGGUAAAGCUUGGAAGGGUACUCCCAAGCCAGGUACCGAGAGUGGGUUGAAGGGAAAAGUGGAGAAGACAACACGAACAUUUAGUGACAAUACCACCCAUGGAUCUGUUCCCAGUGACAUACUGGGUAGAGCUGACAAGGCUUCUGACACCUCCAUGGAGGCCCUCUUUGGCAAGAGGGGGCAGGUACCCGGCAGUGGGAGUCCGUUAAAUCAGGCUGCAGACUGUGGCAGUCCUAAGGGGAUUGGGUCCCUGGCCUCAUCUCGAAGAUCUUCCUCAGAAGGGCUCUGCAAGGGCAAAAAGGCUGCCAGUGGCCAGGAGGCUGAUACCGGUUCCCCAAAUUCCAAGCCUCCACUUUUAUCAAAGUAUCCUUAUAGCUCCAGAAGCCAAGAGAACAUCCUUCAGGGCUUUUCAACCCCAAAUAAAGAAGGCAUCGAUCAACCCGUAGCUGCUAUGACGGAGGACAGCAGUCCGCACGAGGCCCUGAGGUGCCGAGUCAUCAAAUCCAGUGGCAGAGAGAAGCCAGACUCAGAUGACGAUGUGGACGUAACCUCUCUCGUGACUGCCAAGUUGGUAAACACAACCAUCACUCCGGAGCCAGAGCCCAAACACCAACCCAACUCUAGGGAAAAAGCCAAAUCCCGAGGGGGACUUAGAACCUCCCUGUUUGAGACUGAUAAAGAUGUUGGGACAGAAAAUGAAUCUGUGAAACCUGUCCGAGCCUCCGCCAAUGCCGUGGAGUUCCCAGAUGCCAACGGUGCUGGGGCGACAAGCCAGCGGCCCUUCAGCCCCAGAGAGGCCUUGCGGUCCAGGGCCAUCAUCAAACCUGUCAUCAUUGAUAAGGAUGUGAAAAAAAUCAUGGGAGGAUCUGGAACCGAGGCCACCACGGAGAAGCAGAAAUCCACCUCCAGACCAGGGCCAAACAAGGUGACAAGCAGCAUAACCAUCUACCCCUCCGACAGCCCCAGCCCUCGGUCCGCCCCAGGUGAUGCCCCGCGGGAGAGGCACACGUCCACCAGCAACAUCCAGCUUGGGCCAGCAGAGCUCCCAUCAGGUAGCAACCACGUCAGCGCCCCCUUGGAGCUCUCCAUUCACAAACAUGACAUCGCCCUGCAGCUCCCGGAAGCUGAAAGAACGGGAGAUGGGCCCCUGAAGAACAGGCCAGAAACAGUGGUCUCUCGGAGCAGCAUUAUAAUCAAGCCCUCAGAGCCCGUGGAGAGAAAUAGCCACGCACCCCCAGCGGAGACAAUCAGGUGGAAAAGCCAUGGUGCCCCUUCAGAAGUGGGCUCUGCAGACGCCAGGCAUGUUACCUUGCGGAACGCCUGGAAGAGUCGGCGAGACUUGAACUCUUUAGAAGACCCCCCAGCUCGAGGAGGCAGAAACGUGGAAGCUCCCAAUGCCUACACCCAGAGGGCCGCCACAGACUGUUCAGACCUCGGACAGCCCAGGUUGUACCUUUGCGAGCAGGGCACUCAGAGGGCAGGAACUUCAGGGGACACCCCUGAGUUUGUCUCCAGAAGGAGCCACAGUAGCCUCACCGUGUCCGAGGUGCUCACUCGUCGGAAUCGGGCAGGAGACGCAGCCACCGCGGCAGCCUGGAACCACUCGGCAGGCGCGGAGGAAGGGGACGACUGUGCACUCGGUGUCCACAGGCGACCGCACAACUCCCUGGAGCGGUGUGAGCUGCCUGCGAAGCCGGGGCCGUCAGAGCCGGGGCGAGCCCGGGCCGAGGAGCGGUUACGGCCAGCCAGGCCCUGCGCCGAGGACAACUGAGCCUGCUGGGUGAGGUCUGCCGUCUCCUCUGCUCCCGCUUCUCUGCUCUCCUGUCUUCCUGCCCUAUGAAGGAUGCCGGGCCAGUUAACCAGGCUGGACGCCAGGCCUUGGCUGGGAGAGACGGCAGACCAGGCUGUGGCUCAGGUCAUUUUGCCAGUUGGCCAGAGGGGAUCAGAAACUACAAGCUGGACAUAAGUCACCCAGGCCCAGCCUUCCCUGAUGCAUGAGUCCUCUCUCCUUGUCCCUGUCCCCAGGUCAGAUGGCCCCUCUGGCCCCCAAAUGGGGAAAGCUAUAGAAACCCCUUGUAUCCUCAUCACACAACAGCAGCCGAAAGCCCUUCUCUGCUCCUUGGUGGGUCAGAGGGCGCCCCUUCAGCGCUUAGUUCCUUCCAGUUCACUCCUUGUUUGCUCUAGGGGCCUAAGUACCCGCUGAGACCCAGCAGCCGUCCGCGCCACCUGGGGGCGUCCCUCAGACUUGGGCAGCAGCAGGUCUGUGCUGCCUCUGGGGGACUGUGGGACCAACCUUUAGGCUGAAGCUUCUCUGACGUGGCCCCCUGGCUGAUGAUGGUUUCCUGGGGGCAGAGCACACGGGUACCCACCUACUGGACUGAUGUCAUUCCCGCCACCCCCCGGCUCCUGGCUCUCAGCUCACCUUCCAAAGGCACCUGGAAGUGCACAAGCCUCACGCAUCUCCUUUCCUGGGCACCAAAAAUGCUGCUGGGCCUGCCCGCUCCUCUCCCUCGGCUGGAGACUUCAGGCUGACUCCAUUGUUUCCAGCCUUUGGAAUUCUCCCGGACUAAACUGGGCCUGGCCCAGUGUGCUCUGCCUUCUAGCAAGUGCCCAGCAAGGGGGAAAAUGGGCAGAAAGAAGCAUUUCCCCAGUCACUGCACAGAGCAAUACUUCCGUGAAAGGCAUGGACUUUGUCCCUCUUCCCUCCCCCCACGGAGGAGGUAUGGCACUUUACCAAGCUGGCGUGUUCCUCCAGAGGUAGGCCCUCGGUGUCUGCGAACUAUCAUGAGGAGGACUUCACUGGAGGGAAGGUAAUAAAUGCCUGCCGAGGCCCCAGGUUUGUACAAAUGCAAAAUGCAGCAAACCUUUCAGGAAGCCGCAUAAAUAAAAAUUGAUUAGUUUCCUUGUACCAGUCACGGGGGUGGGAGGGGGCGCGGUUACAAAGAACCAUAUAUUCUUGGCACUGCUUUUUGUAGAACACUCAGUUCAAAGAAGGGAUCCCUUUUCAGAGGCUUGUAAUGGUGCAGACACUGUUCCUUCAUAGUGAAAGAGAGCGUAACUAGGGGUCAGGAAAGCUGAAUUUUCUUCAUGGCUUUGCUGUGUGACUUUGGCCAAGUCACUGUCCUCUUGGGGCCUCAGUUCCCUUAUCUAUAAAAUGAAUUCUUUGAAAUGGUCUCUAAGGGUCCCAAAUCUGGCAUUCUGCGAGGAUUCUGGUUAUACUGUCCUGUGGGGGGCUGAUGCUUUUGGAAGGUAGCAUCCAGAUGGUUCGGGGAAGAGGUUACCCCCUGCCUUGUUUUUCUGGACCUUAUUUUUUCCAUGUUUUAACAUCAUGAGGAUGAACCCCGCGAAGCUCGGUUGGCCUCGUUUUUCUAGUCUGUGAGAGGAGGGAUUAGGUCAGCUGGCUUCUGUAGCCCUUCUGGCGCCUGCCUUGCCCACUUGGCACACAGCGUCCCCUGGCUUUCGGGACAACAGUUGGCCAUCUUGUGUUGCUGUGCCUUGCGACUGGUCUUCCCUGUCUGCACUCAGUAUGGGAACCAGCGCUCAUGGUGCCCGUGUCUGCCAUCAGACUUGGCGACCCUGGAUCCUUUCGGCGACAGGAAAGUUUUGCGCCGACUUCCAUCUUCUGGAGUGUUGCCAGUCUAAGGGCAUUG